AUGGUCGUCCUAGCAGCUUGUAUAUGUACCCAUGGUGGCAAAGCGCUCCUUUCGAGGCUGUUCAGACACAUUGACAAGGACAGAAUUACGGCGCUUUUGGCCAACUUUCCAGGACUUCUUUCUCAACUGGGAUCUCAAAACACCACCGUGGAAGACGAAUCCGUCAGAUACGUGUACCAGCCGUUGGAAGAGUUCUACGUGGUUGUUUUGACCAACAAACAGCUGAACAUCUUGCAAGAUAUCGACACGUUGCACCUUUUUGUAUCUGUUGUGCUGAAUGUGGUGAGAAGUAUCGAUGAAAAAGAGUUGCUAGACAAUGCUUUCGAGAUCUUGUCGGCGUUCGACGAGAUCGCCACAUUGGGCUACAAGGAAAAGCUCACCUUGUCCCAGGUUCAAACUUACUUGGAAAUGGACUCGCAUGAGGAGAAGAUCCAGGAGAUCAUCGAGAGAAACAAGGAGUUGGAGGCGAUUGAAGAGCGCAGAAGAAGAGCAAAGGAGAUCCAGCGUAAGGAGCUUGCUCGCAAAAAUAUGGAACAGCAACAGCUGGCGAUGUUUGGAUCCCAAUCGGCCGCCGCUGCCGCUGCUGCCAACAAUGUCACUUACGGUUACCCUACCAACAACACGCCUUCAUAUGACACUAGCGCUCAUGUUGAAAGCGACGUAGGUGGCGGAGCUCCUGACUUGUUAUCCAGAAAAUUGGGUGCUUCCAGCGGCGCUGGCUUGCAAUUGGGCAAGAAGGCAGGCAAGGUUGCCCACCAUGACCCCCACUCUCAGCCAUUGCUCACCACAAACACUCCAUUCGCUGGUGGUGCCUCUUUGGUUUCCGAUCUCGUGAAACCCGCUCAGGAAACCGCACAAGCACCUGUGGCAUCUAGAGCUGCCGCUGCAGCAUCUCCAGCCAUCCAGUCAGACUUUGCUUCAGCUACUGCCUCACCUGCUCCUCAAAGUACUUCCAAGCCUCAUAAUGAUGGUAUAUUACUCACAGUCACCGAGAAGGUCACCGCUGACAUCUCUCGUGAGGGCUCAGUUGUUACGUCAGAGGUGAAGGGUGACUUGCUGUUGCGUAUCAACGACCCUCUGCUUGCCAAGUGUAAGAUCCUAUUAAAGACUGGUUCCGUCCAGGGUAUCCAGUACAAAACACAUCCUAAGGUGGACAAAGCCUUGUUCAACAAGCUGAGUGUCAUUGCCAUGACCGACAAGGCCAAGCCAUUCCCUAGUAACGACCAGAGCUCGGGUGUGUUGCGUUGGAGAGCCACUGAAAGCUCCAGCGACCACAUGGUCCCUCUUUUGGUGACCGCAUGGGUCGGCGUGAACGAUGGCGUCGCUGACGUCACAUUGGAGUACGAAAUUCCUCAAAGCUUCAUUGAUUCCCAUCCUUCGCAGGAAAGCAUUGACAAUGUCCGUAUAAUUGUGCCAAUAGAGCUGGAUGAUGUCCUGCUAGAAGAUGAGAGUGGUGCGCUGGUGAGCUACGAGAACACUGAGGGCGGCGUUGUCUUCGAGUUGGCUCUGAUCCCUCUCGACAACCCUCUGGGUACAUUCCAAUUCUCCAUUCCCGCUGUUGACGAAGACUCAUUGUUCCCUAUCCUGGUGGACAUUGAGAUCCAUAGAACCGAGGGCGUUACGGAAGCCGACGUCGCUUUCGGAAAAGUGCAGGUGUUGGACGUUACCACUGCCGAUGAAGACGAGGCAUCCUUGCCAUUUACUUUGCAUCUGAAUGUUGUCACGGAGCUGUACACGGUGCAGUAA